AUGCGUCCUGCCAUUCUCAGCACGGAGCUACAAUUCGUCAAAAGGAAAAGUGAAGUCGGUCCAUUGACCAACUUUCUGCCGAGACAUUUGUACUAUCAGUCCUUUCUGAUGGCCCAUAUAUCUACUUUUACCUCUUAUCUCGCCCUAUCACAUCUUCUUACGAUAUGCCACUCCUCCAGAGGUGUGCCCUUUCUUGCAAAUUUAUGUGGUGUCACUACACCGGCUGUUCACUAUGCACCUCUCUUUCGAUCGGCUACUCCGAAUCUGGCCUCCUAUUUGGAUCUCCCUCAUAGUACCAUAGAUCCGUUUCUUAUCUUUCUUGUUGACCGACUUUAUUCACUUCCAAUUCAAUUACACGUUUCACUCUAG